AUGACCAAAGCCGUCGGUCAAUGGGGUAACGUCUCGCCAAGGUUAGUCUCCACUUCAAAUAUCUCGCGUGAGCAUCGGCCUCUACUGACCGCAACUGGUAUCAUGUCGUAUGAUCGCCAUCAGGGUCAACGUCGACAAAGCCUCGGCUCGUUUGUCCGAGCAGAUGCUCGCCAGAUUCAAGCGAGGUGCGCUGUCCCGUCACCCGGACGUACACCGCCCGAUGACUGAAAUCAAAUUUCUGUUCCUUUCCAAUGACGUGAAAUAGCCCAGGGCGCUCAUAUCAACGGGCUCGAAUCCCUACCGCUUUUUGGCCUCGCGAUCGCAAGUUUUCAUCCCGAGGCUAAACCGCAGACGCUCCUAUCUCGUUGAUCAUGCGACUUACCCAGUUCGCUACGCUCACCCUCUUCAUCCAGCUUUCCGCGAACUUGACGGGUGUUCCGGUCGAGUCGAUCAACAUUGUCUCGUUCCUCUAGUAAGCUCAAGCUUGACAUUCGAAGCGGCCUUCUCCUUGAGAGAACAGCGCUCACGCCACCACGAUGGACGGGCCGACCCCAACAAACAGCCUUAUCACUCGCUUCCUCUACAACCCCAUCUACAUCUACGGUACUUCGGCCAAGAUUGCUCUCUUGAGGUGAGCUCUCGACCCGUCAUCGAGUCAAGACGGGGAGGAGGAUGGAGCGCCGUUGACCCGGGGCUGAUCGGCGCUUCACUUUGAUUGGAGCUUUCAGGAGUCUGCUCUGGGGUACCGGUCAGAGUACGUACCCAUCCAAGCCUGAGUUGUUGUUGUUUUUUGGUUCGGGGAGUGACGUGAUUCCAAGAUUCUUGCUCUUGCGCCAUGCUUCUCCUUCACAGUCGCGUCUUUAUGGUUGCUCAAACGCUCGGCCGAUCGCUGGGCCAAGGACUCGCGUCGAUUGAAGUGA